GUAGAUUGAACUUUGACCAUGUUUACUCCACAUUAAUUGUCCUUUUUUUCUUAAACCCCGAUCUAAUUUUUAUAGACUAGAAAAUAUUUCGUCUAUCUUCUUGACUGAAAAUUUACUCUUGAGAGAUAAGGAACAAAGAACUGUAGUGACUUCAGUAAAGCAAGUGGUUAUUGGUAGAGAAAAUGAUAAUUUAUGUCUCAUUCAGCGUUAAAGGAACCUUCUUAACCUUUGCUCAUGUGAUACAAGGACACAUUUUUGUCUAAUUGACAGAGAUGUGGGGAUGUGAAUCAGUUUUGUAGUUCAUUUGAUACUGCUACUUGUAGAUGUUAAUAAUUCUCUGGUAUCCCUGCACGUGUGAGCUUAUUUAUUAGAUUCUUUUUCAAGCUUUAAUAUGGAAAAUUUAUAUUUGCAAUGUGGGAUGCAGUGGUUCAGUUGCUGAAUGUGUUAUUCCUUUGGAAACACGAGAUGCCUAUUUCAAAGAUUCAGCGUUUUUGGACGCUUGCUCUUUACAGUAUGCAAUUUAAGUGGCUUCAAAAUGUUAGAUGGAUGAAUGAGAGGGCAAGCCCAAAUUGUGCAUAUGUUCCAACAUCUAUUGAACAUAUUGCAAAUGUCAUUACUCACGGAGUUUGGGUUGUUCCCAGCAUUUUAGCAUGCUUAAUGUUGAUACAAAGGGCACAGAGUUGGCCACAAUACUGGUCUGCUGUAGUAUAUGGUGCUGCUCUUAUUUUGCUCUUCACAGUGUCAACUUUCUUCCAUUCAGUUUUCUAUUGCAGCAGAAAUAGCCACUUGAAAGAUGUUUUGCAUCGAGGUGAUCGGGCAAUGAUAUAUGUGUUCAUUGCGGCUUCAUAUUUUCCAUGGUUGACUUUGCAACCAUUACCUCCAAGUGGUUGGGCUGCUGAACUUCGUUGGUUUGUUUGGGUUUUGGCAUCACUGGGUAUUAUCUACCAGCAGAUGUUCCAUGAACAAUACAAAUGCCUUGAAACUUUUUUCUAUCUGGUAAUGGGAAUUAUGCCUGCACUUGCAAUUGUUGAAAUGAACGAGUUUUCUGGAUUAACAGAACUGAAAAUUGGAGGUAUCAUCUAUGUUCUUGGGGUAUUUUUCUUUAAGGCAGAUGGAAAAAUUCCUUGUGCUCAUGCAAUAUGGCAUCUCUUUGUAGUGAUGGCAGCUAGUGUUCAUUAUUAUGCUAUACUCAACUACCUGUAUCCCACAGAGGAUGAAAAUAUAAUGUGACUCAAAAUUCACUGCAGACAUCUAAAAAUUUGUUUUAUUAUUUUAUUAAAUAUUUGAACAGCUAAAACCUUUUGCAGUAUGGGAUAUACAUUUCUAGAAUUUUUUUUCUGUUUUUCUUCUUUUCUUUAACAGUUUUGGAUUAUUGCAGUUUGGGGUUUUUAUUUUUAUAAAAUGCUUGUUAUGACUUUAGCUCCAAGAGAAUGUUAAUUAUAUUAUUGUUGACAAAAGAAAAUGAAAACUAAGUUCAUGAAAGUGUGUGCUAAAAAGAUGUUUUCCUAUAAAAAAAAUAGUUGCAGUGUUUAGAAUAUACUUUGCAAGCCAAAGAAAGUAAGAGAUUGUCUAUUAUUUUAGUCUCUUGCCUGUUGUUGAAGUCUUGAUCAUUCAUGAAGUGUUAUACAAGAUCAAGAAGUUAUAUUAACAAGUAUUGUGUGAAUUGUUUCAUAUUAUUUGUUUGUUUCUCUGAAGCCAUAUUAACUAUACAAAGUAUUUUGUAACCCACCCUGCAGUCAGUUUCUGCCAGUGUCAUUUCUCUUUGCUCAUCUGAGGAGUACAGAAUCAGUAUUAUGAUCAGGAGUGAAUAAUCCUCCUUUUUUCCCCUUCAUUAAAUAUACCCAGUAGCUGUAUUGGGGUGUAGUAAUAAAUGUAUUUUAAUGUUUUAAAUGAUACCAAAGACACCGCUCUGAUCACUUCUCGAAUAUCUAUGGAUUUUAUGAAUCUGAAAAUGGUUACUUUCUCUUUUCUAAGCAUUCAUAUGGGGAGAGAGAAAAACAAAGGUGUGUGCCCUUUGAAAAAUGAUGGGGGCUACGUCUUCUGGACAAACUUUUCAGUAGAGUACAUAUAAAUUAAUGUACAAUUCUAAGAUUAUAAACAUCUUUGAUAUAAAUUUAAGGUUUUAUAAUUUUAUAGUAUGAAUAUAUAAAUAUAUAUAGUUUAUAUUUUCUGCUGUUAUCGUAUAUAAGUAUAUGUAUAUGUAAAUGAAAGUUUUGCAAAAUCUAGGUGUACCCUUGGAAUAUGAGUUGAGGGAUACAUUUAGUGGAUACCAUAAUUAGCAUGAAUGUUACUUGAUAUAUAGUUAUACAUAGAGGCAUAGAAGUUUCAAGCAUGUGCAGGAUAUAAAAUAGGUUGUGAGCUAUACUUUCCGGGAAGAACUUGGAACAAUGACUUAAUUUAAUAAAAUAGAAUUUGGAAGCCUGUUGAAUUGAUUCAACAAUCUGCGUAAUAUUCAUAGCUGUGCUUUAAACAUUUUAAUUGAAUGCAAAAUGUUAAAAAUUUUGGAUUUUCUGGACAAUUGACUACUUUUUUCCUAUAGAUCUGUAUUCAAUAAAUUGAAUCUCUUUUCCAUCAGUUUUCAAUUUUUAUGCAAUGUCAGCUUUUUCUAUUUUUGACAAAUGCUACUAUCUCAGUUUUGUAUUUUGUUUGAAUUUUUUUCUUGAAAGUAGCAAGAGUGACAAAUGAGGGGGAGUGGGAGUUAAAUUGGUUAUUUGCUGACGUUUAAAUUAGUUUCCUGAAAUGUGUCAAAUUAUUAUAUCUUUCAGAAGAGUGUUAUUUCACUUGAAGGAAUUUACAAUACUUCAGGUACUCCAAUUGGGAAUUAGCUGGUGAGACAAGUUCCUCUGAAUAGCAAUGUUAUCAGAUACUAUUCUCAUUGACAUCCUAAUCUUUGAUCUGCCAGUACUUUCACUUUGUUUUGCUUUCAAUUUACUUAAGUCUGUUGAUCCAUUGCAAAUGUUUUUCAGUGUUUGUUGGAUGAAGUUUAUCUUCAUUCAGAUUUGGUACUUUCUUCUCUUUAUAUAUUUAUUUUCUGUAUUCAUUGAUUAUUGCUUAUGCUUAUUUUCUUGAUGAAGUUCUUUUCGUUGCUCAACUCGUUGACAUUUUCUAACCUUCUAAAAACAAUAAAAAUGAAUAAUAAAUAAUUUGUAGUGAAUUUAAUAUGAAACAACACAGGAUGUUCUUCUCUUCAAGAGAUGUGAACCGAACUUAUAUAGGUUUUGCCCUUAAUGCUUCCAUUAUAUGGGCUUUAAUGGAGAUAAAAUAUUUAGUACUCUAAGAUUGAGAAGGACAGAUCAUUCCAGUAUGCCAUAACAGGUCUGAAGCAAAAGAUUCGGUAUCUAAUCAAGACAGGUUGCAAACAUAGUUCUCUAGGAACUACUUCAGCAGAGUUAAAUAUAAUAAGGUGAGGAUUUUCCAAACAACAUUCCUGAUUGACUUCUGUUAAAUAUUGGGUGUGUUGCAUUGAUCUCCACUGCUUCUGAUUCAUUAGAGAAGUACAACUUCGAAUUCCUGCCAUGUGCUAAAUUAUUCAUGCUUGUCUGAGUAGCAAUCGGUAGUUUGUGGUCUCACUGUUCAUGGUCAGUUACAUGUUAAGUUAAUUUUGGCCUUCUCAAAGUAAACCACAGAUGAUAAAUAAACCACAGCAUAAGGUAAUAUGAACCUUUUUUUAGAAAUAAAAUUCAGUAAGUAAAUAAUAAUUCAAAAUCAGUUAUUAUUAAGAUGAGAAAUUGUGGCCAUUUGAUUGACCCACAUCCCUUCUUCAGCUACUUGGAGAACCUCUGACAAAACAUAAUGUGCAGUGCAUGAAAUGAAUAUUUGGUGUAUUGCUACAAAGAACUGUUUUUUAUAACUCCCCAUGUUAAAUUUCACAUUUGUAUUGUGGUUUCAAUUAAAAAAUAUGUUCUAAACAAAACUUCUGCAAAAUAUUGCAGUGUCAAUUAUUCAAUAACUACUUACACAUGCAGCUCUUAAUUCUUUUUGCUGCAUGCAUAGAUUUACAAUCUUCAUUUAUUAUCCAGGAUUGGAAAAAUAAUUUUAAUGUUGUCUUUAUCAUUGUUGACUGAAUAAAAUAAGUAUGUAAUUGACAUUUUUAAAAUGCUGUGGCGUUUUCAGAAAAAUAAAUUGCUUAAAUAGAUGUGAAGUUGGCACUGCUAUUGUUUGACCCAGACAAGUUUAGAUCCUACUUAUUUUUAAUAAUAUGGAAGUUCACUGUUGAUAUUUUGAUUAUUGGUUCCAAAACAUCUUGGUUACAGAAGAAAUGUGCAUUAAGGAAGUUUUUCUUGGCGGCACACUUAUGUUGAGUGAUAUUAGAUCAGUCUUCCUACUGAGGUGAAUGUGCUUUCUUCUACAGUGACAAAAAAUACAAUAUGAUAUGUAUUUUGUCACUCAUCAUUUUCUCAAUGCAAACGAUGCUCUCAUAAAUUAUUGAAUUAAUGACAUUUCCUAUUUAAUCGCAAAGCUAUUAGCCGAAUUGUAGCUUCUGAAUUUUAUCCUAGGUAUAGUGAUAUAUUCUGUGAUAUUGUUAAAUUAGUGAUUGUCAAUGGCUGACUGACUGCAGUGAGUUUUCAAAAAAAUUUAAUUAUUUCGCACCUACCUCAUGCAGGCACGAAUUGUUUAAUUUACAUGUGUUUUGUAUUUUUGUGAUAUUGCAAGUUCAUUUACAUUCUUUUCCAAUAAGGUUACAAAUUGUGUUAAUGUCUUGUUUAUUUUCAGUAAUUUUUGUGCAGAAUUGCUGCCAUAGUUUGCCAAAAAAGUGUUGUUGUUUCAUAGUUUUUCAUAGAUGUAACAAUUUAUAUUUUAAUACAUAAAUAAAUAUAUUAAAAUGUUCUAUUCAAUGAAUAUAAAAAUAUUUCGUGUGAGUAAUAAUUUGUGGGGACAAACUGUUUUCAUAAAGGUUUUCAUACAUGCCUCAAUGUUUCUGUAAACUGUAUUUGUAGUUCUUAUGGAUGUAAGAUUACAUGUUAAUGACCUGUUUAUAAAGGUAUUUCAGUAUCCAUCAUAUCAUUUGAACAUGUAGAAAGUGCAAAAGAAAGACAGCAAAUAAGUCUUUAACAUAUAAGUGUUAGAUGUGUAAUUCUAUUGAAUGUAUUGCUCCUAAAAGUAUUUUGGUCCCAGUAGGAACGUGUCUUCUUGAUGUGAGAAGAUUAAAUGUCAAAUCUGUGAUUUCAUAUUGUUCAUAAUAUUGUAUUCCACUUAAACAAAAUACUUAAUGGAGUUAGUUACUUUUUUGAAAUGGGAGACAAGGAUCUCAGCUCUGCUGCAUAGGACAAACAUUGUAAUGAAAUCAAUUUAAAUUCUGUCCACAUCUUGUCAAUAAUACUAUAACAUACAUGUUUCAUAUAGUCAUAAAAUUUUUUAUUUACAAAUUAUAUUUUUUACGUGUAUUUUUGUUUAUUGAAUAUUAUGUUUCAAUAUAUUUGUGGUUUCAGGGUUAAAGUUCAUUAGUUGAAAAGUUUAGUUAAGGACUUUUACCCUGGGACCUCAAAUAAAUUGAAGAAAAGCAGAUGUGUGCUAAUUAAUUAUUGCUUAUUUGUUCUCUCUCAUAUUUUACUUAUGUUUUGUGAUAAAAUGUUUGGUUUGGAAUGAGCAGAACUGUGGGAAUUGAAGUAGCCCGGGUAGAGUAGAAAAUGAAAUUCCAUUUCUUCUCUAAUUUUAAUGAAAAUAACCUCCCAUUUCUCAAACAAGUGUACUAUUUUAUGUUCAAAGGUGCCAACGGUAGGCAGGUCGGGUUAUGUUAAAAUUCUUUAGAGUGAAUACCUUUAUAUACUCUUAAUGCUGUGUUCUGUUAAAUUAGUAAGUUUUUCAAAUGUGGUGAUGUUUACAUGCAGUAUUGUUUUUCUUUACUACAAAUAUUCUUGUAGGUUGCUCAUCCUUUUUUAAGGGAAUUCACUUAACAUGUUUUUGUUGGGUUUGUUGUCAUAUAUUUUAUUUGUACAGAGGUGUGAUAUGUUGUAUUGCAGAUGGUUUUGAAGGGUUUACAACAUUAAAUGUUUAAUUUCUCAUUGGAAAGUGUAAGUGCAUCCAAAAUGUAAAAAAAGUAUUUAAGAUUUUCUUUCUUAAAAUAAUAAAGAAAUAUUGGUGUUGGCAGACUUUGAAGACCUUGAAAGUCAUAGACUUCAUCUGUAAAAGUCAUGAAAUUUGAAUAUAAAUCAUUGAGAAGGCAAUAAUGUGUUAUAAAAAUAUAGAAUACUAAAAAUUCUGAAUAAUUAUAAUUAAAAAUAGUGAUUUGUUUAGUUAUUGUUAGUGGAAUUUUUGUCGACACUGUUCCAAUGAAAUUCAUUAUGGAGAAAAUAUCAUGAGAGGUAGUUUUAAUGCAAAGAUCAUAACAUAUUGCUCUCUUUCUUCCUUCUUUCAUGUCUGAAAUCAAAUGGUAUGAUCAUAAUUAAAGUUCAAGAUAGUAGAUGGCAUGUUUGUUAAGAUCGUAAUAACUUUUGCUUGGAGUACUUUUUCACAUUCCGGUAAAGAAGUUCUGUUUGUUUACUUCCUUGAUUUACCAACAAUGCAUCCAUAUUGAAUUUCAUGAAGUUCGUAGAAUGUAAAUAGUUGACAGAAAAAAAGAAGUCGUGGAAAAAUCGAGCAAUUUGAUAUUUCUAAAAUAAGCCAAGAAGUUGUAAAUUUCCCGACUGGUAAGGUAACUUUGCUUUCCCAUUGUGUCUAUAAAUAUACAAUGUUUAAAGUCAAAUAGCUGUUUUAUUAUAUUGAACUCGAGUGGAAUAAUAGCAUAAGAGAAGAAAUUAAGUUUGCAUUCUCUUUAGGCAUACAUUUUUAGCUAGAUAUUAAAAUAGUUGAUGUAUUAAUAAUUCUCUUUAUGUAUAACUUGAAAUUUUAUUUACUUAAUGAGCAAGGACAAUGGAUUUAAAUUCAAAUUCCAUGACACUGUACCAAUAAGAAAUUAAAUCCUUUUUUUGUUAGGAAAUGUGAAAGUUUCAGAAAAUCUUAUUCUAUGAAUUUGUUGGUCAGGCAAGUUCAACUUAUUUGUUGUUGUUGGUCAGGCAUGUUCUGUAAGUGUGUGAUGGAGCGUUUGUUAAUUUUACUGUUUCUGUUGUGUUCUUGGUUAGAUGCUUUAUAUAUUAUCUUAUAUUGUAGAUUGUUUUUCUCUGUAGAACUUGGAAAAUUAUUAACUUCAUUACAUUUCUUAAACUUUUUAAAUGUUGAUGUAGGAGAUGCAUUUUAUGUCAAGUAUUGUAAUUGUAGUGAUAAAUUGAACAAUGAAGUAUCAUGAAGAAGUCUGUUGUAUUGAGACUUUUCAUGUAUGGAUCUUUGUAAAUUUUGGAUUGCAGUUUCUGAUAGUGUUUAAAAAAACACCCACUAAAUAAACAAGUAGAAAAUUAUUACCAAUUAAUAUUCCACCCAUUUACAUUUUGUGUUGAGAAAAGAAGUCAUAGAAAUAUCUGAGCAGAGUUUCAGAAUGUUUUUGCUGCCAUUUGUAAAAGAAUGGUUCAUGGUCAGAGCUGAACAGUUGAUAGAAUGUGCUUAGUGUCUUUCAUGAAUAAUUUUCUGUUUUGAUCUGAACAUAUGUUGGUAUUCAUUAGGAUUGGGUCUUUUAAUGGAAAAUUUAAAUGAAAAAAAUUCCUUCAGAAAUAGUACUAUUGUUUUCUUAUUUUGAUUCUUUGUGCUUCAUUCCUGCAGAAAUAUAACUAUUUUGAUAUCAUUUCCUGAAGAAGGAAUGAAGGAAAGUAGUAAGCAGAAUCUGUUUACUUCAUUUUUGGAGCCUGAAAUAUGAUCUUUGAUGGUAAUAUUCUAAUAUUUUUAUGUAAGUGAAGAAUAAUUCAAAAUUUGCUUAUUAAAUAUCUUAAAUUCUACUAAAAAUAUGAUGGUUGAGUGAACUAUGGAACUAGUUGAGAAAUAUUUAAUUUUUGAGACUAGAUAAAGAACAAUAAAUUCUUUAUUUACAAUAUUUAAUGGUCCUAAUUUGUUUGUGGUCAUUAAAUAAGUAAAUCAGUUAGUUCUGUCAAUACUUGAGAACACUGUUCAAACAUAUAUUGGACUUUUUUUUGACAGUUCAGUUUUGGGUUUUUGGCUUGGGUAUUUUAGCCCAAAUGCUACUUGUGUGGAUAUUACUUUCAAGAAAAUUAAGAAACGUGAUAUCUCCUUCACUGUCUGUGGAGUUCCUUUUUAUUUGUACUGUGGGGUUCAGAAUGAACAUUCUAUUUGCCCCACAUGUUGCAUCAUAUAUCGGUUUAAUAAAUUUGUUUAAUGUUUACUUAUGGUGAGACAGUUUAGUGGCUCUAUUUACAAAGGUGUCCUGAAGAAUUUGAAAUGAUGAGACGUUAGUGUCAGUUUUGAAGAGGUUUUAUAACUUACUCUGCAGGGUAUUUAAUAUGAAUGUGUUCAGUAAAAUCCACCUUUAUUUUACAGUGAAAUUAGACUGAUUAAGACAGAAUUUUAAAUGCACCUACCCCAAAUCUAUCAUUCAUGCUAAUUUUGAAGUCAUAAUCCUAGAAAGUGAAAGUGAAAAUUCAAAGUAUAUGACUUAGAGGAAGGAGAUUUCACUGUAUCUAUUGGUCGAGAACUGAUAAAUUUAAUAACUUUCUAGUUUUCAAAUAUAUUUAGAAUUCUGUUUAAUAUUGGCCUUCUAUUAGUUAGUAGGAAGGGGUACAAUGAUAAAUUCCACUUUGUAAUGGAAAUAACCAACUGAUUUAUUGUUUAGAUGAAGUAAAUUCUUUACUUAAUAGCAGAAUACCAUGAAGUUACAUAUGAACCAUUUGACAUAUUUUAAGAAAAAUUUUAACUAAAAUUUUCCCAGAAUUGUGUAGUUUUCAUAAAAAACUCUCAUCACAGGUGCUUUGAAGACAUUUUUAUAAAUUCAUUUCUAAUGUGCUACAUGUGAUGUAUAGAAUUUUAAGUGUUUGUGAGAUGUAAAUAGGAACCUCAAAUUCUGUUCUAAAGAUCGAACGGUAAAAUAGAACCAUAAUUUAUACCUCUUUACCAAACAUAUUUUGGAAAAUAUUUCUUAUAAGAGAUACCUACAUUAGACCUUCAAUGUGAUUAUGCAUGUGGACAGUGACGAUCUGUACUCUUUACCAAUGUGUGUAUAUCAGUAUUUUGUGUAUUCUUUUUGUAAAUGUAAAACAUGUAGGAAUGCUGCCUCCAUGUAGCAACAUUUUGUAUUGUGAAUUAAAUGUAAUUGCAAAGAAAA